CAUACCCAAACAUGCCAAUCAGACUUCUCAGCAUGGUUAUAUGAUUGAGCAGUCAAGUCUAUGUUUAGAAUAAAGUAGCAUUAGCUGAGAGACAAAAUGGGGUGGUGAUCCUUGCUUACAAUCCAACCCCACCCCCACCACGGGACCCACAACUCCAUUUAUACUUACUACCACAACACAUCAACUUCCAAACUCCCCGACCUAACAUCUUCGUUUCUUGUAGGUGAACUGAAGAAGAACAAGACUCAAGACCUGCAGCAGCACCUUCCUCAAUCUAUUCAAUUUAGAACAGCAGGAAACUACCAGCGCAACAAACAUGUCAUCGCACCACCUCUCUGAGAUAGACUCCACCACAGAUUCCGUCGCGUCCUCUCCACGCUCCGAACACCUUGCUCCUCACGAUGCCCAUACACGUGUACGGUUCAUGUGCAGUUUCGGCGGCAAAAUUCUACCUCGUCCGCACGAUAAUCAGCUCUGUUACAUGGGCGGUGAUACGCGCAUCGUCGCCGUCCAUCGCUCCACAUCCUUCUCAGCAUUCCUCACCAAGCUCUCCAAACUCUCAGGAAUUGUCAACGUGAGUGUUAAGUAUCAGCUUCCAAACGAGGAUCUUGACGCGUUGAUUUCAGUGACUACCGACGAAGAUCUCGAGAACAUGAUGGAAGAAUAUGACCGGUUAGCUCAGAAUCACAACCCUCGGCUAGCUAGGCUUCGUGUUUUUCUCUUCUCCAAAGGCGAUGAUGACUCACGACCCAGUAGCAUCAACUCACUCAUGGACGGCUCGGUUAAUCGUGAACACUGGUUCUUCGAUGCACUGAAUUCUGGCCUGGAACGUGGCCGUUCCGAGGCGUCCUCGGUCGUGUCCGAAGUUCCCGAUUAUUUAAUUGGGAUGGAGAAUUCCGACGAGGGCCAACCUCGUGACCCGAAAUUAAGGACACGUCAGCUUUUGCAUGAGGACGUCUCGGUUUCGGACACGGGUUCUCCUGCCCCGGAUGUUUCUUCUCCCUUUUGUUCGACGUCAUCAGCUCCUACUGUACCUUCUAUGCCCCAUCUCCCACCCGUUAAGACUAGACCCGACAAAACCGAACAGGUUAUGGAGUCAAAGCAGAGCCAAACAGAGUGUUUUUUGGAGCAACCCAUUUUGCACCCAACCGCAUAUUCGGGUAAUCCUAUGUGGCAUUAUGUUUCAGAUUCUCAUUAUUCUGCUCCUCCUGUACAGCAAAUUCCCGUUUAUUAUGUUCCGGGUCCUGCUCAAUCCGCAAAUGUUCAACUUCAACCCGUUCAAAUCCAGACACAGUGCGUUCAGCAGUAUCCAGUUCCCGCGGGCCAAAUUCCAAUUGGGUAUCACCAGCCGGCUCCUGGUGUCGGUCAAGCAUACAGGCCAGUUACAUCCUUGGAUCCUUACGAUCCGGCAUUAAGAGUGGUUCCUGAUGGUGUGAAUCAACCAGUAUAUUAUGGAGUUAGAGGUUCGGGUCCGGUUCCAGUUUACCCUGGAAUGGCUCCCCAGGGUGGAGAGGAAUUGGCUAGAAGUGGAUUGGAUAUGACACCGGGUCGGGCCCCCCACUCAGGACAGUAAGUAUUGGUUAUAUAUAUUGGCAAUAAUGGCAUGGUAAUUGCGUAAAUGUACUAAGGUUCUAUUGAUGGAGAUCAUUGAUAAUUUGACGUUGAGUGAUAAGUUGAUUGUCAUUAGCUAGCUAUUGGCCUUUUGGAAGAUAAAAACUUAGGUUAUUGUUUUCUGAUUUCAAAACAACACUUAUAUUUGAUGUAUGCGUUUGAGACAUUUUCAGGCAUAUGUAUGGAGUAUGAUCUUUGGCGUACAUCAAAGAA